UGUUACUAAGAAUAACUGAGAAGACGCCGACAGUGGGAGGGGUCCAGUCGUGGCUGCAGGUGCUCUGAUACCGGUACCAGACAGACAGCGAGAACAGCUGAUCAACCAUAUGAGUGGUCCCUGCAAAUGAUCAACAAAUGGUGCUGAUUAAAGUAGAAGCUUCUGAAGAAUGGAUAUCUGGUGUGGACCAGCCAGAUCCAAAACACCUCAACUUAAAAGAGGAAGAGGAGGGACCUUGGACCAGUCUGGAGGGAGACAAAGUUGUGAAAGAGGAGAUUGAUGUCACAAGGUUUUCAGUCACAGCAGUUCCUUUUAAAAGUGAAGAUGAUGAAGAGAAGCCUCUGUUCUCACAGCUACAUCAGCACCAGGUGAAGGACAGAGAUCUUCCAACCUGCAGCUCAGCUGGUCAGAAGGAAACAGCAUCUGAUGAAGAGGACUGUGGAGGACCYGAAACUACCAGUAACCCAGAUGGAAAUACUUACAAAAACAGUUGCAGCUCUUCAGAGACUGAACUCAGUGAGGAUUAUAACGACAACGAGGAUCUGCCCAAUCCUGGCUACCGGCUGAAGAAUUUGUCAGUCUCUGGGCAAAAAACUAAAGAAAGGAACAAAGAACGGAAGAACAGAAGAGCUCCUGAGUCAGGAGUGAAGACUGUCAAAAAAUCUGUGAGAUGCUGUGAGUGUGGUAAGCAGUGUGUCAACAACAGGUCUCUUAAGAGACACAUGUCCUGUCAUUUAAGAGACCAGGCAGAACCAAAAUUAUUCAAGUGUAAUGGUUGUGAUAAGAAAUUUACCAGAAAAGAUAUUCUAAAUGUUCAGAUGAGAGUCCACACAGGAGACAAACCAUUUCCUUGUGAAGUGUGUGAACAAAGAUUUAGCUGUAAGUCAUCUUUAAACAAACAAAUGAGAGUCCACAUGGGAGAGAAACCAUUUCUUUGUGAAGUGUGUGAACAAAGAUUUAGCCAAAAGUCAUAUUUAAACAAACACAUGAGAGUCCACACAGGAGACAAACCUUUUCUUUGUCAUCUUUGUGGACAAAGAUUUAGCCGCAAGUCAUAUUUAAGCACACAUAUGAGAGUCCACACAGAAGACAAACCAUUUGCUUGUGAUGUUUGUGGACAAAGAUUUAGACGUAAGUCACAUUUAAACUCGCACAUGAGAGUCCACACAGGAGACAAACCAUUUGCUUGUGAUGUUUGUGGACAAAGAUUUAGACGUAAUUCACAUUUAAACAUACAUAUGAGAGUUCACACAGGAGACAAACCAUUUUCUUGUAAAGUGUGUGGAAAAAUGUUUAGACAUAAGUCAUGUUUAAACAAGCACAUGAGAGUUCACACAGGAGACAAACCAUUUCCUUGUGAUGUUUGUGGACGAAGAUUUAGCCAAACGUCACAUUUAAACUCACACAUGAGAGUCCACACAGGAGAAAAACCAUUUCCUUGUGAUGUUUGUGGACUAAGAUUUAGACAUAAGGCCCAGUCCCCAUCCUGGGGACCCCCCCCGGACAUGAUGUCUGCUCCCCUGUUCAGCACACCCAGAAUGUAG